GUUUUCUGGUGAUAAUCUAUCAGAUUCGCCUGCCAAGACUCCAUCGUUUCUGUUCGGCCAGAAGAGGCGAUCCGCGGCGCCUGCGACUCCAUCAUACCUGAAUAACCCGUACUCUGGUCAGAAUGCACCGUCGAACGACAUUUUCGCCUCCCCGGCACCAAGUCAGUUGAGAGGAGAAUCUGCUGGAAAUAGCGGAAAGUCAGUGCACUGGUCACCUGCGCUGGUACAAGAACGAGCACAUCCUUACGACACAUCCCGUUCCACACUCAAAACCUUGCCAUCCCAGUCGUCUGGACAGUUUACCACCUCAUCUAAUCUCAGUCCAGCACCUCCUCUACGAUCGUUGAGGGAUGAUAUAGAGCCUGUGCGAAAGGUGUCGCGUCGGUCGAUGAGUAUCCCUGUGACGGAUUCGUCUUUUCACCUCAGCAGCGGCUUCACGUUCAGCACCGGAGCAGGCACAGUCGCCUGCUG